GAGCCGGAGCCGGAGCCGGAGCCGGCGCGGCGCGAGCGGCAGGAGGGAGGCGGCGGCGGGUCCCGCCCGCCUGCCCAGUUCCAGCGGCUGACGCGGCCCCCGCCGAGCCAUGGAGCCAGAGCCAGUGGAGGACUGUGUGCAGAGCACACUCGCUGCACUGUACCCACCCUUCGAGGCCACCGCGCCCACCCUGCUGGGCCAGGUGUUCCAGGUGGUGGAGAGGACCUAUCGGGAGGAUGCGCUGAGGUACACGCUGGACUUUUUGGUGCCUGCUAAGCACCUGCUUGCCAAGGUCCAGCAGGAAGCCUGUGCCCAGUACAGUGGUUUCCUCUUCUUCCAUGAAGGUUGGCCGCUCUGCCUGCACGAGCAGGUGGUGGUGCAGCUUGCAGCCCUGCCCUGGCAGCUGUUGCGCCCUGGAGACUUCUACCUACAAGUGGUGCCCUCUGCAGCCCAGGCGCCCCGCCUAGCAAUCAAGUGCCUGGCCCCAGGGGGUGGACGGGUGCAGGAGUUGCCUGUGCCCCAUGAAGCCUGUGCUUACCUGUUCACACCCGAGUGGCUCCAGGGCAUCAAUAAGGACAGGCCCACAGGUCGCCUCAGCACCUGUCUACUCUCUGCACCUUCAGGCAUUCAGCGACUGCCCUGGGCUGAGCUUGUCUGCCCUCGAUUUGUGCACAAAGGGGGCCUCAUGGUUGGACAUCGCCCAAGCACACUCCCCCCAGAACUGCCCUCCGGACCCCCAGGGCUUCCCAGCCCUCCCUUGGCUGAGGAGACCCUGGGCACGCGGAGCCCUGGGGAUGGACACAAUGCCCCUGCUGAAGGACCCGAGGGAGAGUAUGUGGAGCUACUGGAAGUGACCCUGCCCGUAAGGGGGAGUCCCCUGGACACUGAGAGCUCCUCAGGCCUCUCCAGGACCCGAACAGUGCCCACCCGCAAGGGUGCAGGAGGGAAGGGGCGCCACCGGAGACACCGGGCCUUGGUGAACCAGAAGGGGCUGGGGCCUCGGGAUCAGGAUGGAGCCCGCCCUCCAGGCGAGGGCAGCAGCACUGGUACCUCUCCUGGGUCUCCCCUUGGGGCAGAGGUUCUCCCUGAGGCUACAGUCCCAGAGGUAGCUGAGGUCUCUGCAGAAGUACUAGGGGAAGCCUCAGAAUCCUGCUUCCUAAGGCCAAGUGAGGUUGGGGGGGCAGCCCAGGGACCUGAAGGACCACCUGGCACCCCUCGACGGACAGGCAAAGGAAACAGAAGGAAGAAGCGGGCUGCAGGAAGAGGAGCAGCAGGAAGAGGAGGUGACAGUGUCCCACUGAGCCCUGGAGACAAGGAAUCUUGUCUUGAGACAGGCCCCCCGGAAUCUCCCUGCAGCCCGCCCUCAGCCAGCGAGCAGGGACCUGCCAGUGGCAGCCUUGUGAAGGAGGAGUCCAAAGAUUCCAGGAAAUCAGAGUUAGUAGAGUCCAAGGAGAAGUUGGGACCCACAGAUGACAAAGAACCUCAGCCCCUAGAACCCUGUGGGCCUCAAGGAGAGAGGGGCCUAGAGAGAGAGCAGGAGGAACUGAGCCUGGAGUACAUGGCCGGACCCACAGAGCCUGAGGAGCCUCUGUCUGAUUCCCCAGCACCUCCCCAGGAGACUGGGCAGGAAGUAAACAGGGACAGUAUCCCAGAAGAGGCCCCUUCAGCCUCUGUCUCUGAUGACCCUGAUAUCCCAUGGGAUAUGAUGGCUUCUGGAUUCUUUCUACUGACAGGCGGGGUGGACCAGAGUGGACGAGCCCUGCUGACCAUCACUCCACCGAUAUCCCCUGAGGAGCCCCCACCCUCCCCAGAUAUGCUGAGCACCACGCUGCAUUACCUCCAUUCACUGCUCAGGCCUGAUCUACAGAAAUUGGGGCUGUCCAUCCUGUUGGACCUUCGCAAAGCACCUCCACUGCCUCCAGCUCUUAUCUCUGUCCUGUGUCAGCUCCAGGAUGUGGGAGACCCUCCUCUAAUUCAACGACUGCUGCUUCUCACUUCAGAAGACCCCCCCAAGGAACUCCCUGAACUUCAGGGUGCUGAGUUGCUAUCAGAGAAUGAUCUGGAAAGAGUGAUUAACCCAGAGGAGCUGCAGAGGAACUUAGGAGGGCACUGGGACUCAUCUCCCAGUCACUGGGUAGAGACACACCAGGAAGUGGCAAGACUGUGCCGCCUGUGCCGUGGUGUGCUGGGUUCUGUGCAAACAGCCAUUGAGGAACUAGAGGGAGCUGCAGAGCUGGAGAGAGAGGAGACAGUCAGAAUACGUGACCCAUUGCAGAAGGUGCUGGAAGAUCCCCGGCUGACAGAGUUGCAGAGGGAUGGUGGUGCCAUCCUGAUGAGGCUGCGCUCCACUCACAGCAGCAGGCUGGAAGGGCCAGGCCCAGCCACACUGUAUCAGGAGGUGGAUGAAGCCAUUCACCAGCUCGUGCGUCUCUCCAACCUGCAUGUGCAGCAGCAGGAACAGCAGCAGCGUGUGCGUCGACUCCAGCAAGUGCUGCAGUGGCUCUCAGGCCCGGGGGAAGAACAGCUGGCAAGCUUCAUGGCUCCCGGGGACUCCUUGUCUGCCCUUCAGGAAACUGAACUGCGUUUCCGGGCUUUCAGUGCAGAGGUUCAGGAUCGCCUGGCCCAGGCCCAGGAGGCCUUAGCAUUGGAAGAGGAUGCCACUUCCCAGAAGGUUCUGGAUGUCUUUGAACAGCGUUUGGAGCAGGCUGAGAGUGGCCUCCAUCGGGCACUGAGGCUGCAGCGCUUCUUCCAGCAGGCACACGAAUGGGUCGACGAAGGUUCAGCGCGGCUCGCAGGUGCAGGGCCAGGCAGGGAGGCUGUGCUGGCCGCCCUGGCCUUACGUAGGGCCCCAGAGCCCAGCGCCGGUACCUUCCAGGAGAUGCGGGCCCUGGCCCUGGACUUGGGCAGCCCCGCGGCCCUGCGCGAGUGGGGGCACUGCCGAGCCCGUUGCCAGGAGCUGGAGAGGAAGAUUCAGCAACAGUUGGGCGAGGACUCGAGUCCCAGGGGCCACCGGCGAAGGCGAACAGACAGCUCCAGCAGUGGCGCCUCCCGGGGUCCUCAUAGCCCCACGCCCAGUCUCAGCUCCCUGCUCCUCCCCGGCAGCCCUGGGCCACGGGCAGCCCCCUCCCACAGCUCCCUGGCCCCCUGCGGGGAGGACUGUGAGGAGAACAGCCACCAGCUAGGCCCCGAGUGCGAGGGUCGACCUCCCAGGACUGUGCUGAUCCGAGGGCUGGAGGUUACGAGCACGGAGGUAGUGGACAGGACCUGCUCACCCCGGGAGCACGUACUGCUGGGCCGGGCCGACGGGCCCUGGGGAGUGGGCACCCCCCGGAUGGAGCGCAAGCGGAGCAUCAGUGCCCAGCAGCGUCUGGUGUCCGAGCUGAUUGCCUGUGAACAGGACUACGUGGCCACCUUAAACGAGCCAGUGCCAACCCCUGGGCCAGAGCUGACCCCAGAACUGCGGGGCACGUGGGCUGCCGCCCUAAAUGCCCGGGAGAAGCUCCGCAGCUUCCAUCGGACACACUUUCUGAAGGAGCUUCAGGGUUGUGCUACCCACCCACUGCGCAUCGGAGCGUGUUUCCUGCGCCACGGGGACCAGUUCAGUCUUUACGCCCAGUAUGUAAAGCACCGGCACAAACUGGAAAAUGGUCUGGCUGCACUUGGGCCCCCAACCAAGGGUAACCUGGAGGGCAGCCCUCACCUGCCCCGGGCACUACAGCAGCCUCUAGAGCAGCUGGCCCGGUAUGGUCGACUCCUCGAGGAGCUCCUAAGGGAAGUUGGACCUGAGCUGAAUUCUGAGCGGCAGGCCCUUGGAGCUGCCAUGCAGCUACUCCGGGAACAGGAGACCCGUGGCAGAGACCUGUUGGCUGUGGAGGCUGUGCGUGGGUGUGAGACAGAUCUGAAGGAGCAGGGCCAGCUCCUACAUCGAGACCCCUUCACAGUCAUUUGUGGCAGAAAAAAGUGCCUACGCCAUGUCUUUCUCUUUGAGCAUCUUCUCCUCUUCAGCAAGCUCAAGGGCUCUGAGGGAGGAUCAGAGAUCUUUGUUUACAAGCAGGCCUUCAAGACUGCUGACAUGGGGCUCACAGAAAAUAUCGGGGACAGCGGGCUCUGCUUUGAACUGUGGUUUCGGCGCCGGCGUGCACGAGAGGCAUACACUCUGCAGGCAACCUCACCAGAGAUCAAACUCAAGUGGACCAGCUCUAUUGCCCAGCUGCUAUGGAGACAGGCAGCCCACAACAAGGAGCUCCGAGUACAGCAGAUGGUCUCCAUGGGCAUUGGGAAUAAGCCCUUCCUGGAUAUUAAGGCUCUUGGGGAACGGACACUGAGUGCCCUGCUCACUGGAAGAGCCGCCAGAACCCGGGCCUCGGUGGCGGUGUCAUCCUUUGAGCAUGCCGGCCCCUCCCUUCCCGGCCUCUCACCGGGAGCCUGCUCCCUGCCCGCCCGCGUCGAGGAGGAGGCCUGGGAUCUGGACGUCAAGCAAAUUGCCCUGGCACCAGAAACACUUGACUCUUCUGGAGACGGGUCCCCAGGACCAAGAUACAGCCCCAGCCUGCAAAACCCCCAUCCUGGGAGCAGCACUCCCACCCUGGCCAGUGGAGGGAUCUUAGGUUUCUCCAGACAGAGCCAUGCCCGAGCCCUGAGUGACCCCACCACACCUCUGUGAGCUGGAAAAGAUCCAGAACUUGGCUUCAGCCCCUCUCAGCACACUUGGGACUGAGAUGGCAGUGGGACCUUCAGAGGACUGCAAAAGCAGUGAUUUCUCCCCAAGGCUUCCAGGAGAAGGCCUGAGUGCCUGCGUGUUCCCCCACUGCCACCCUCUCUCUCCCCAGCCACAGGCCUUUUGCAGGAACCAGUGGCCCACCUUGCUUGCCUUCAGACCUGCCUCUGGUCCUUCCCCAUCCUGACCCAGAAUAGGACUUCAUGUCAGCCCUUCUCCCCCCCCCCCCCCCCAUGCAGUGCUCUCUUCCAGCUCUCCCUAAGACGACUCAUCUCUGCCAGGUCAACUGUAGUUCCUGGUAUCUCCAUUCUGAGGUGUCAAGAGCAAACAGAGCUAUGCAAAAUAUUAUAGGAGGGUGGGGCAGGGAACUACAGACUUUAUAUAUGUAAUUACUGCUAUUGUUGUAUUAUUGUUAUAUUAAAUGUAUUUACUCAAACUUUGUCUCUGAAAA